GGUAUUUAUUGCACAGUCAAGAGCUUCUGGAAGCCACCGAGAUGUUGAGGAUGAGGAGCUUACACGAAUCUUUGUUAUGAUACCAAAAUCCUAUACAGAGGAAGAUCUGCGAGAAAAGUUUAAGAUGUAUGGAGACAUUGGAUAUUGUAGCAUCAUUAAAAACAAGACUACGGGAGAAAGUAAAGGUUUGGGCUACGUGAGGUAUUUAAAACCAUCGCAAGCUGCCCGAGCAAUUGAAGAGUGUGAUCGAAGCUACAGGGCCAUAUUGGCUGAACCUAAAAAUAAGUCAUCUGAGUCUUUUGAACAUGAUUAUUAUAGUAAUAACAUGAGGCAAGAACCAAGAGGAAAUACACUUCCGUUUUGUGCGCAGCCGGAGUUCUGUAGUUUUGAAAAAAAUGAGAGCAGAAUUCAGGAGUCGGUCUCCAAACGUUUGUCUGUGGUAUCACGGCUUCCCCUUAUCCAAGAGCAGCUGUUCGCUCUCUUUGACCUAGUCCCAGGACUGGAAUAUUGUGAUGUUCAGCGAGAUCCUCAUACCAACAGUGGGUAUGCUGUGAUUCAGUACAGUACUGCUGCGUCAGCUAUAUAUGCCAAGUAUAAAUUACACGGUUUUGAGUAUCCUCCUGGAAAUCGAUUAGCUGUCGUUUUCCUAGAAGAUGGAAGUGAAAGCUCAGACCUCAUCAGAAAAAUGGCAACACAGCUAGUAACAGCACAUGUGUCAUCAGCGUUGCAGAAUAACAAUGCAAUUGUUCAGCAGUAUAGGAUGCCUCCUCAGCCACUUGGAGGAACUUCUGGUUCACUGUUACUUCAGCCCCAAACAGAUGCCAUACUUCCACCACACAAAAAAAAAGUUCCACUUGACACUUCUGUGAAGGAAAGGCUUUUCAUACUUUUUCAUCCCCAUCCUUUAUCUGUAAAUGUAUUGGAGGAUGUGUUCUGUCGUUUUGGACACUUGAUAGAAGUUUACCUUGUGGCUGGAAAAAAUGUGGGCUAUGCAAAAUUUGCAGACAGAGGAAGUGCCAGUGAUGCCAUAACUGCAUUACAUGGCAAGAUUGUGAAUGGUGUCAGGCUUAAAGUAAGGUUGGCAGACUCACCUACAGAAGAAUCUAACAAACGGCAGAGAACUUACUGAGCAGAAACUAAAUAAUGACAUGACCCUCAGCUAGCUGACUGACUGAAAACGUGACUACACAUGGUUCCUGGGGACAAUGACAGCUUUUUCUUUUCUUUUUUUUUUUUUUUUUUUUGUUUUGUUUUGUUACUUAGUUGAUAUCUAUGGUAUUUUCUGAUUCUGAAAACGCAGACGUGCAGUUUUGAAAACUAUCUAGACAUUAAAAAACAACUGGUGGUUGUUCUCGUAGUAGUCUGUAAUCUUGUAUUACAGAAAUAUUUCACUUCUAACUUAAUUCCUCCUCAAAGAUGGAAACUGCAAUGGUGGGGGAAAUAAAGGAGUCAGCAUUUUGUGGCUUGACUGGUUAAUUGAUAAUGAUUCAGACUAUAACUGUUAAAAUAGAAGACAUUUCUCAUGAUCCAAAUUGCAUUGAAAACUGAAGUACAGCAGUAAAUUCAAAGAAAAUUAAAUAAUUGUUUCAAAAACUGCUAGCAAACCUGACAGUAUUAAGCUAGAUUUCAGAAAAUAGCUGUAAUCAAGAGAACGAUUCAAGUACAUUCUUAAAUAUUUUGUUGAUCUGGACCAAAAGUAUUCAUUGUGCUUUGUAUGCUUAGUUCUAGACAUUUGACUGUGGGUCAGACUACCAGAGCUGCUUACAUUUAUCCUUUCUUAUCCUGAGGUCUUUUGAUUAUAACUGUGGGGAAAGUAUGGAGUCUAGGGGUGGUUUGUUUGUUUUGAGGGGUUGGGUUUGGGGGUUUUUUUGUCUUUUUUUUUUUUUUUUUUUUUUAAGAAGCUUUCAAUGCAUAUGCUUUUAAGUAAGAAUUGGAAAAUUCAGUGUUCCAGCAGGAUGAAGAAGACUUCAGCAUUGAUGAAGAGUAAAUGAAGAUAGCUCAAAUAAGUAUUUGCACAGGUAGUUUUCAAAUGCCAAGUAUUUUUCUGUGUAUUCCUGAAUGCUACUUGUUGAAUUGAAAAUAUCCUGGUUAUUAAAGUCACUUACACAUAUAAAAUUGAUAAAUUCUAGUUGUAUGCACACUAGAGGAGCAAGCAUGCUCUCGGAUGCAUCCUGCUUCCCAGUGUCUCCAGUCCUGGUACCUUGAUCAUCAGCAUGGGGAGAGACAGUGGAGCAUCCUGUAACUUCCUCUGGCUCUGAGCACCUUCAGGAAGAUUUCCUUCCAAGAAUGCCCUAUCCCACAGGAAAACGGGUGAGAAUGCAGGUCUUACUCCCUCAGUUACUAGGCAUGGGAUAGGGAAGUGUGUUUGAGACUAGAUACAGCCAGUGUAUACGGUUUUAAUGUAAUGGGAGAGUUAUUUAUAUUGAUAAAGGGGAGUUGGGUCACAGGGGAGACAGAGUACAUGACAGCCUGUCUGUAUAGUGGGGUUUAUUUAAGAACCGGCAAGAUUUUGAGCUUUUAUCCUGCCUUAAAAUUUCAUGUACUUAUCUGCUUUUCUCCCCUCCCCACCAGCAGCGUUGGGUUCCUUUCCCAGCAGGAAGAUUGCUGCUGCCAGGAGGGUUGGGCAGAAAGUUGCAUUUGUACUGUGCAGGUGCUCACAGUCACUAGCCUCAGGUCCCACUGGCCGGUGUCCCUGGGCAGCCUUUGGCAUUUGUUUCUGUGCAGCUCCCUGAGCUCCAGGAUCAUCCCCCCCUUUCACGAUCUUCACCUUCUGCUUCUCUAGCCCCUUAUUCUUUCCAAGAACGUUACUUUUUACCAGGAAACCUUCCUUGCAUCCCGCUUUCUGGUGCUCCAAGACCCUGACUUUCCCAAUCUCAGUAGUGAAUGUGCAGAAGCACAGCACUUUAUAAUUAGAAUCAUAGAAUCACUUUGGUUGGAAAAGACCUUUGAGAUCAUCGAGACCAACCUUUAACCUUUAGUGGUUUUAUCUUGUGUCUUUUUAUUAAUUUGAGCUAUGUUUUUACCUACAACAGAUGGCCUCCUUUUCUUGUUUUCUUUUUUUUAAAGAGAAGGAGGAAAUGAGAAGGUAUUGGGAAAUACCUCAUUAUAAGUAGCUGAAAGCUGCGGGUGAAACUGUCUUUAAUUUUCUCCACUCUUUUCCGACAGCAAAAGACAAGCAAGACAUACAGCCAUGUUCAACUACUUUUUCUUUAUUUCAUGCUUUUUUAAUAAAAAGUAAUAUUGAUAAAAAUAUUUUUGCAUUAGAGAGGGUAUAUGAGAACAAGUGCUGUCAUUGCAGUGGGUUCAAAAGUUUAAAGUGACAGAAACUAUGUACUAUGUAUUUAAAAAUCACAAAGCAGCAUUAUUUCUUAGGUUAAAAGAAUAUUAGAAUUUGAAUGCUCAAAUGCUAGGAAGUUGCAGAAUAAAGGUUGCCUAAGAAACCUCCUUUUGCUUCUCUCCGUUCCCCUAGCACGUGUUAUGAUGCAGUCUUGAUGACUCACCAGCAGCUUUUUCCCCCAAGAGCAGUUGUUUCAUUCAGCACAAAGAAUGAAAUUGAACCAGGGCUGCAUGGUUAAAGCAGGCUGUAAAAUUCCUGCUUAAUUUAUUGUAGACGUUGGAAAUCGCAUAGUGAACAAAACAGGUCUAUGGUUGAGGCUGGAGAAUGGGAUCCUAUCUCUGACUCUGGCUCGGAGAUUGAUUGUGAGGGUGGUUGCCAGUUCUCUGGGGUUCCUCUAGAAAAGGCCUGUUUGGAUUUUUUUGUUUUGGUGUCGCUCCCCUCCCCCACCUUGUCCUCACCAUAAAAUUUGAGUAGAAUUUGGGGCUUUCAUUUAUUUGCUCAGGGGAAAUAAUUCUGACCAGGUUGCCAUUGAUCCAACAACUCCAGAACUGCCAGGCAGCACCUUUGCAGUCUUAACUAUACCGUGCCUUUGUGCAAUGAGUCCAAUAUUUUUAGAAAGCAUCAAAUCCUACUGUGCAAAUGUGACAGAGACACCAUGCCCGUAUAGCAGGUCUGACACGUGCUGCUGAAUGAGCGUGAUGCGCUGUACCUGCAUGUUAGGAGUGAGCUAAAACAGCCUACAAGUGGUGACAUGCUGUGCUGGUGCAAGCAUCUUUUCAGUUCAUGUGCAGAUCUUUACUGUCUUUUAUUUGUCUUUAUUCAAGAGAGUGCUUUAAAGUAUAGGAUAAUGGUGGGUGAGUUAUUUAGGUGCCAGGUGAAAUGCUGAGGAUCUCUGUGUAGU